UUCUUUACAUUUUUCAUGUAUCAUUUUUGUUUAUUCUUUUUAAAAAAUAUUUCGAAGAAAAAAAGAUUUAUUUUGUUUUUGUUUUUGGUUGAGGAAGGAAUCUGGAGUAGAGUCUGAGAUUAGAGAUCGUCGAGUGUUGAAGAAAGUAUCUAUCUACUCGUGCAAGCAGCUCAUAAGGAUAGCCCCUAAACGUAUGCUAUAGUUUAACUUUUAAUUUAAUUUCGAACCCCGAAACCCCAAUGCCCAGACACCCGAACCCAAAACCGAUCCCAAACAUACCCUAAUGCAAGGAGCCAUUAGCCAGCCUUUCCCCUUAGCUAAGACCAAAUCUCAAAAACCAAAUCUAAAUGCAUUGUGUUAUACUAUUGUCUGUACCACCUUGAAAUCGGUUAACCAUCAAACGAAUCGGCAAAUACAAAUCGAAUAUCCCCAAAAAUAUACCUGCAUACAUACCUGCAUCUCCAAUCGAAUCAAAUUGAAUUGUGAAACUGAAACCCUGAUGGAUACAGGCCCCGGUCCGCCCGACGACAGCAUGCCGUGUCGACACCACCAGCGAAUCAAGAAUCUCAGCCUGCGACACCAGAGAAAACACCAGCACACGCACCACCAAAACAAACCCCAACACUACCAACUCCAACAUCACCACCAGCUGCCCCAGGAUAUCAAGGGUAAAUCAACCUCAACCACAACCACAACCAACCAACUCUCUCCAAGUCGCGACCCAAGCCAAGCUCCUUCCACUCCUACUCUUCCCUCUGCUGCUGCUGCUGCUGCUGCUGGCGCUGCCACUGUUCCUUUCGCCUGUACCACUACCACUACCACACCAGUCCCUGGAUCCGGAUCUGGCGGCAGCUUGAACAACCUCUCCACAACCCACGACGAGUCCGAGCGGGACUUUGACUUUGUGAUACCGCCACAGACGGGCGGAUGCCUGUGCGAUGAGUGCGGCGUGUUCGCACCGCCCAGCACCAGUGCCACAGCCAGCACGCUGGUGGCCGACGAGUGCUACUCCCACACAGCCUCCUCCAUGCUGAGUGCCACCCGCAGUGCCCUCUCCACGAUGGCGGCCAUUGCCACGGGCAGCAGCUUGGCUGGUGGUAGCUCUGUCGGAGGAGCCAGCACGAGUGCGGCCGCUGCCGCUGCGCACGCGCAUGGGCCCGGGCAUGGGCACCCUCCCGCUGCAGCUGCUGCCUCCGCACCCGCCAAGAACAGCUCCGCCUCGACCCUCUGCUCCUCGGCAUACUUCUCCACGUCGGCGCCCACCACGAGCAGCUCGGUGCACAGCAUGUCGCGCUCUAACAGCAAGAAGCUGAAUAACAACACUUGCAGCAUAAACCAUAACAAGCUCAGCUUCCGCAGCGGCAGCCACGUGAGUCAAUUGAACCUGCCGCAGCAUCAGCAGCUGAAUCAAAGCCAGAAUCAUCAGAAUCAACAGAAUCAGCAGAGGCGAAAGCUUUCAUCCUCAUCGCCGCUGCAGUCACCGACCCAGAAGUCGUGCGACUCGUCCGAUCUGGAUGCGGAAGUGGACGGUGACGGUGACGGUGACACCACGGAUGGUGACCCCAAAAGUCCGCACAGCGCCAGAUCCUCCGAUCUAUCGGAAACCUUUGACUGGUGGUUCAAUAAGCCCAAGCGUAACUCUAAAAAGAGCAGUGCACACCAAAGCGAACACCAACCACAACAACAACCACAACUGCAACACCAACAGCAACCACAACCACAACAACAGCAACACCAACACCCACAACAACCACAACAACAACAACAGCAAUCCAAAGCAAUGACAUUUUGGCAUCAAGCAUCGACCACACCGCGCUCUAGUUAUCGCUCUUUCUUCAAUUCUCUUGCCGAUCAAAUUUAUAGCAAACGUUCUACAUCGAGUCAAUUAAAUAUAAACAAUGGAUUUAAUUUAACACCAACACAUAGAUCGUCUCCAGUGAGUAGUUGUUGUGGCAGUAGUAGCCAGGGGCGAUCCAGUCCGGACACGGAUAUUCCAGAGCCGCCAGAGUUUCCGCUGAGUCCAGGUUAGCAUGCCGCCUUGGGUGUUUCGACCAUGUUCGUACACCUUUUGCCUUGACAUUGACAUGACACAUGUAAAUGGAAAUGUUAAUGUUAAUGUGGAUGUGUUGCUCUACCCUUUGAUUUCUCUUCUUGUUUUUUACCAUUCUUUUUACCUUCUUCUUUUCCAUUAUUCAUUUUAUUGAGCAACUUGAUGUAACCUCCACCCAACCACCAACCACCAUCUCCUCUCUCACGUUACUUGACGUCUUCUUAUCCGAUCAAAAUAAUACAUAAAUAUAUGUAUGUGCAAAUAUAUUAUCUUCUAUCUUUUAGUUGAAUCGUUGCAUCUGUUUCUACGGUAUACACCUGCCGCCUACAGUGCGGCUCUCUUUUGUUUAAUUUUCUUUUAUCUUUCUCUCCUCUCACUCUCUACUUCUCUCUCUGUCUCUGUGGUAAUCGUAUUGUUGAGUUUGCGAUUGCUUUCCCGUUUGAUUUCCUUUGAAUAUACAUAAAUAUAAAUACACACAAUAUAUAUCCACUCAUCACCGAUCUUUGAUUAUUUGUACCAGUGUAAAAGCGAAUACUAUGUUGUUCUUUCAGUGUAUGCUCUCCCCAAGCAGUGUUGUUGUCGCUGAUCCACAUCAUAGCCACGAUUAAUGCUCCGACUCCCAUUAAGCUAAUGCCAUCAAAAUCACCCAGACUCUUGAAGUCGCUUAUGCCCAAAGCCAAACAAAAAAUGUUGACAAUUCUUAUUUCAAAUCUUGUCUCACGCUUUCGUUUUGCACUUUUAUUUUCCCGUUGAGUGUCUAACUACAAUAGAUAUGUAUAUCUUUAAUUUGUUAUUACUUAUCACAAUCCAAUUCUAACAUUCAGCUAACUUUUUUGUGCAGUGUUGAGAGUGUAAUCCGAAAGGUACUUCUUCCAAAUGUGACUAAUAUGCGUAGUCCCAGUACACGUAGAAUCUGUAAAUCUUUAUUGCAUCCAAAUUUGUUUUUAGUUUCGUUGUGGUGCCUCCGUUAAAUUAAACACUAAUGUGUGUGUGUCUGUAGUGUGUUUGUAUGUCUGUUUGUGCGUUUUAUCUGAAAAAUUAUAUAAUUCUAACAAAAAACUUUUGAUUUAUUUUAUUUUAAUUAUUUUUAAAACUUUAAUUUAAAAUAGCUUUCGAGCGUACAUCUAUAAACUUUUAGUAUGAUUACGAUAUAUAUAUUUUUACCCUUCCGUUUUGUACUUGAACAUUGAUUGAGCAAUGACCUACAUAUAUGUAUGGCUCUGCUAUUCCUCUUAAGUGAACCGAGUAUCCAUCCAACAAUAUACUAAUCCCGAACCCGACUAACUCUCUGCCAUCUUUCCCCUUA